AUGCCAUGUCUUGACGAAAGUACUUACGUCACUAAAUCUGCACGUUUAGCUGUUUUUGCUCGAUAUUGUGUAGGAAAUGUCAUUAAAGAAGAAUUAAUUGAGACAACUUCGUUGCCAACAACCACAAAGGACACAGAUAUUUAUGCUGCAACGAUUUUAGAAGAAGCUAAAUCGAAGAAGCCAUGCCGGAAGUUCAAUACUACAGGUCAUUGUGAAUUCGGAAGUAAUUGCAAAUAUUCUCAUUUAACUGCAGACGAUAUUUUAAAUCUCAUGGAACAAGCCAAUCAAGAAAAAUUAGGAACUAAAGGAAAGAAGCCAAGGACAGAUCCAGAUAUUGAUUCAUGGGUACAAACUAAAUCGUUGAAAGUGGCUCAAUCCUCUAAUAAAGGCCCUUCAGAUCCAGUAAAACCUGUCUUACCACCAAUUAUUUCCAACAUUCCUAGUCUUCCUCCUUCUCUUAUUCCGUGUAAACCAUCUGAACUUCUGAAUAUUAAAAAAGAUGCAGGGAAUCACUGGGGUUAA